GUGUGCUGCGGCUGCUGCUUGUCACUCAUUCUUCGUUCUACUCGCGUGCGUUUCAGGGUAGCGGCAAGGACCAAUUAUAAUAUUGCUAUCAGAAUACAAUAGUUGGAAAACAAAUAUUUCUUCAGAACACAGAACUCGUCCAGCCAAGUCUGUCUAUCUAUUCUUCAAGGAGAAUAACUUUGUGAUAUUGCAAUGAUUCAAACAAUGGAUCUCAUCUGGGCAUUGCUCUUCUUUGGCUAUGCAGCCUCCCUGCAAGUGGAGAUCACACCGAUGCAAGGAGAGAUCAGCGUGGGGGAGUCCAAAUUCUUCCUCUGUGAAGUUGUUGGAGACGCAAAGGACAUUGAUUGGUAUGCCCCGAACGGCGAGAAGCUCUUACCGAACAGACAGGACAUCAUUGUGAACCGCAACGACGAGUCCUCGUCCACCCUCACUAUCUACAAUGCUGAUGUGGACAAUGCCGGUGUCUACAAGUGUGUGGCCAAAAAUGCAGACAAGGAGUCUCAGGGCACUGUCAACGUGAAAAUCUUCCAAAAGAUAACUUUCAAGAACGCCCCUUCCCCACAGGAGUUUAAUGAAGGGGAUGACGCUGACAUCAUCUGUGACGUCGUCAGCUCGCCUCCCGCCAGCAUCAUCUGGAAGCACAAAGGCUCAAAGAUCCAGGUUACAAAAGAUGUUCGAUUUAAGAUCAUGGGCAACAACCACCUCCAGAUCCGAGGCAUCAAGAAAACGGAUGAAGGGGCGUACACCUGUGAGGCUCGUGUUAUGGCCAGGGGAGAGAUUGACCUGAAGAUCAUCAAGGUCAUCGUCAACGUGCUCCCUAGCAUCCGCACCAGGCAGUCGGAGGUGAAUGCCACGGCGGACAUAAACCAGUCUGUGAUGCUGGCAUGUGACGCUGACGGCUUCCCUGAACCCACAGUCACCUGGGCCCGUAACAUCAUUGUCCUUGAAUCGAGCGAUAAAUACAGCUUGAAUGACGACGGCUCGGAGCUGAUAAUAAAGGAUGUCAAGAAAGUGGAUGAAGGAGAUUACACAUGCAUCGCCCGGAACAAGGCUGGGGAGAAGGAGGAGGAAGUCAGCUUGAAUGUGUUCGUGCAACCCAGGAUCACCUACCUGGACAAUCAGACUGCAUCAGAGCUGGAGGAGCAGAUCACCCUGACUUGCGAGGCCUCUGGAGACCCCACUCCCACCAUCACCUGGAGCUUUGGCCGGAGGUUCUUCACAGAGGGAGAGCAGGCUUCUUGGACUCGGCCCGAGACGUUCGAGAGUCUUGAUGGGAACGUAAUGGUGCGUAGUCACGCACGGGUGUCCUCUCUAACCCUAAAGUACGUGCAGUUCACCGAUGCUGGCCAGUACCUCUGCACUGCCCGCAACUCCAUUGGUCAGGACCAGCAGACCAUGUACCUGGAAGUGCGCUAUGCUCCUAAGAUCCAGGGCUCAGUGACGAUCUACACCUGGGAAAGGAACGCUGCCAACAUCAGCUGUGAGGUUCUGGCCCAUCCGGGGGCCUCGGUGGUGUGGUUCAGAGAUGGCCAGCAGCUGCCUAGCGCGAACACCACCAACGUCAAGAUCUACAACACACCAGCCAUUAGCUACCUCGAGGUCACCCCAGAUUCCCAGAAUGACUUUGGAAGCUACAACUGCACAGCCACCAACUUAAUCGGAACAGAGUCCAAGGAGUUCCUCCUCAUCCAAGCAGAUGUGCCGUCGGCGCCCGCCAUCGAGCGCGUGGAGCCUUUCUCCAGUACAGCCGUUGUAGAGUUUGAGGAGCCCGAUGCCAGCGGCGGAGUUGCCAUCCUCAAAUAUCGGGCCGAGUGGCGCAUGAAGGGCCAAGACUGGACCAGCAGGGAGUACGACGCAGAGGAUGGCCUGAGCAUGAUCACCAUCGUCGGCCUGAAGCCCGAGACCUUCUAUGAGGUCAAGAUGUCUGCCAUCAACGGCAAGGGUGAGGGCGAGAGCAGCACUCCUCUGAACUUCAAGACAGAGCCAGUCCGCUAUACUUUCACAAACGGCAUACCAUUUCAUUACUCUAACGUGGACUCAGUUUCGUCAGUGACACCAACCUUCAUUCCUUCAACCAGUGCAGCCCUUAGUGAGUAUGCCGAAGGGGAGCCCAGUCCCCCUAAGCUGGAGGGCAAGCUGCAGACCAUGGGCAACGCCCUCAAGGUCAACUGGAUCAAGCAGGACGAUGGGGGCUCGCCCAUCAAACAUUACCUGAUCAGAUACAGGGCUAAGCACGUUUCGGACUGGAAGCCGGAGAUCCGUCUGCCCCAUGGCAGUGAGUACGUGGUGCUGAGCAGUCUGGACUGGAACACGGAGUAUGAAGUCUACGUGGUGGCCGAGAACCAGCAGGGCAAGUCCCAGCCCGGCACCAUCUCCUUUAGGACUGCAGCAGAGCCUACCGCCAUCCCAGACACCAUGACUAGCGGCUCAGGCCUGGGCACGGGGGCCAUCGUGGGGAUCCUCAUCGUGGUCUUUGUGCUGCUGCUGGUGGGUGUCGACGUGACCUGCUACUUCCUCAACAAGUGUGGCUUCCUCAUGUGCAUUGCCGUUAAUUUUUGCGGCAAGUCUGGACCUGGAGCAAAGAACAAGGACAUCGAGGAGGGCAAAGCAGCAUUCAUAAAGGACGAGUCAAAGGAGCCCAUCGUGGAGGUGAGGACAGAGGACCGCACCCCGAACCAUGAAGGGGGGGGACCCACAGAGCCCAAUGAGACCACCCCUCUUACCGAGCCCGAGCACACUGCUGACACUACUGCCACCGUGGUGGACUUGCUCCCCUCUAUCGCCACUAACUCUGACCCCGUCACUGAGAGCUUUAGCACAGCCCAGAAUAGCGAGACUACCACCCUCACUUCCAGCACAGCUGCCCCAACCCUUGCUCCCACCGAGGCCAAAACUUUCCCUAAUAGCACCCCUGCCCCCAUCAUCCAGUCCAGCACGCCCAAAGCUAGCGCUCCCGCCGCUCAGUUUGCCGCACAAUCUGACGUGGCUCCCCUCGUCGACCUAAGCGAGUCUCCAAAAGCAACGCCCUUGUCCGACCCUAAGCCCGCCACCCCCACAACCUCUUCCUUAGAGCCAGCCAAGGCCACCUCCAACCUCCCCUCUGCCAAAGCCGAUGCCGCUUCACAGAGCCAGCCCGAACCCGUCCAAAGCACCCCUGCCAGCGACAGUCAGAAUAAGGACUUACAGAUAGACUGCCUGGCCAAGGAUGUGUUUGAUACACUGGGCAAAAGCUCAGAGGCCCCAGCAGACUCCACUGCUGCUCCCGCACCAGCCAAGGACGACGGGAAAAUCAUGACAGAAGAUAAAAGUUUAGCGCCAGAGAUGGAGACAGAGGUGAAGAAAGCCCCGACCGAGGUGAAGACCAUCCCCAAUGAAGCUGCUCAGACAAACGGCAACGAGAGCAAAGCAUGAUCCCGACCGCGAGAAGGGAGGAGGGAUCAGGGGAGGGUUCACGACAGUCCAGAGGAAAACGUCAAACACCACUCCAUCAAAUGACAAAAAGCUAAAAAAAAGGGUCUCUUUCUUCAGUGUCUUCUAUUAGUUUUCCAAACAAAAGAUGAGUUUGUGAGACAUGUAGAUUGGGAAUAAGACCUCAUGCACAUGCCUUAGUGUUUCUUUCUUUCUUUAUCUCUUAUUCCUUUUGUAAUUUCCUCUCUUUAUUCACGGGAAGAAGGAAAAUCCUUACCUCUAGUUCACUCUCCUUGUCCUCCUUUUGUAUAUAACAUCAAAGUUACCAGUCUUUUAAAUAGGACAGAAGCUAAAUAUCAGUUGGCAUAGAUAACCAUGGGGGAUUGUAGCUUUAUUUCAGAACCAUGCCUUUACGAUGUGCACACAUAUAAAUCCAACACCUUAUCCACACACUAUUUCCAGUUAUGUUUUCACUUUGUUAUGCAGUAUUGCCAUGAAUAUUUUCACUGCUAAUGGAUUAUGAGUACGUUUUUCAUGUUUGUCAUGUUUAAAUCAUGUGCAAAAGUAACUGCCUUUUAUUGUAUCUUUAUUUUUCAUUUAGAAUUUUUGAGAGCUAGAGAUUAGCAUUAGCAUGUCUACUUUGCGGUAAAAUAUUUUUCCAUAUGUUCUUGUCUUUUUCUGUUUUCUUUUCGUUCCUGAAUGUUUACACUGUGUUAACUAUCCUAAGAUUGUGUAGACACAGCAAAACAAAAGAAGACACCGUAGAAAGACAAUGUUUCAUUCCACAGAAAUUACGCAAUUUAUUGACUCUAAGAUUCCAUUUUUUUUUGGUUAAUUUGCUUUGGUUUUAAUUUGGCAAGAACACACACUUUCUCUCUCUCACACACAUACCUCUAUAUCUUUGUCGUUAAGUCUUCAAUUAGAAGCGCUUUGGACCUGUUCCACACUCCAAGGGUUUCAGGGAUCACCUUUAAACCCGAAAAUGUUGCAGGUCCCAAGGGCUCACAGGGAGUGACGGGCAUACAGAGUAGCAUGGCCCACCAUCUUGGCAUACGGGAGAAUGAUGUAAUCAAAGGCCGGAUAUGAGUGGUAGCAGAUGAAUGUACGAACAGAAGCCCUUAAAAUAGCCUAGAAACAGUCCUGUGUAUUCCCCUGUUUGAUGGCUUUGUCCCAUAAAUUCAGAUUACUGUGCCUGUUGCGAACAGCACUUCCGGUUUAGUGAUUGGGCCACAUC